ACUCCCUCUGUCGUCGCGGUUUGUUUGCGUCACGGGCUAAGCGCCUUCUUCCGGCAUAACUUAGAGCUUGGGAAAGGAAACCAUGGCGGACAUGGAGGAGCUGUUUGGCAGUGAUGCCGACACCGAGCCAGAGCAGAAAGAUUCUGAUUCGGGCUCUGAGUCCGAUUCUGAUCAGGACAAUGCUGGUUCUGUCAGUAAUAUUUCCGGUAGUGAGAGCGAAAGAGAGGACGAUCAGGAGGCUUUAAAACCCAGUAAUAAAGAAUUGUUUGGGGAUGACAGUGAGGAUGAUGGUGUUUCUCAUCAUAGCGGUAGCGAAAACCAGUCGGAAAGAUCCUACAAUCCCUCUGAAGUCUCCGGACACUCUGAAGUGGAGGAUCGCGACCAGUCAGAUGCCGACCAGCACAGUGGUUCUGAAGCCGGUCACGAUGAGGAUGAAGACGAGGACCACCGAUCAGAGGAUGGCAGCCAUCACUCGGAGGCAGAAGGGUCUGAGAAAGGACACUCGGAAGAUGAGAAAUGGGGGAGGGAAGACAAGAGUGAUCAGUCCGACGACGAGGACAAGCUCCAGAUCUCAGACGAAGAAGAACGACUGCAGCACUCGGAUGACGAAGAGAAAAUCUCCGAUGAUGAGGAGAGGCUUCCGGUUUCAGACGAUAAAGAGAGGCUGCAGCAUUCAGAUGAUGAGAAAAUGCACAUUUCGGAUGACGAGGAGAGGCCUCAAGUCUCGGAUGAGGAAAAGCUGCAGAAUUCCGACGAAGAGGAAAGGCCUCGACAUUCCGACGAAGAGAAUGUGCAAAAUUCGGAUGAUGAAGACGAAAGGCCGCAGCGUUCUGAUGAGGAGAAGAUGCAGAACUCAGAUGAUGAGAGGCCCCAGCAUUCGGAUGAUGAGCACCGACUCUCGGAGGAUGAGGAAGAACACGAACGCAAAUCUGAUUCCGCAAGAGGCAGUGACAGUGAUGAUGAGAUGCCACAGAUGAAGCGUAAGAAGCAAAUAGCAUCAGAUUCCGAAAUGGAGAGUGAUGCAGAAGGACAGAAAGAUAACAGGGAUGCAAUGGAUCUGUUUGGAGGAGCGGAUGACAUAUCUUCAGGGAGUGAUGGGGAAGAGAAGCCUCCAACUCCAGGGCAGCCCAUUGAUGAGAAUGGGUUGAACGAGGACCAGCAGGAAGAAGAGCCUGUUCCAGAAACGCGAAUAGAAGUAGAAAUUCCCAAAGUAAACACAGAUUUAGGAAAUGAUUUAUAUUUUGUGAAGCUUCCCAACUUCCUCAGCGUGGAACCUAGGCCUUUUGAUCCUCAGUAUUAUGAAGAUGAAUUUGAAGACGAGGAGAUGCUUGAUGAAGAAGGUAGAACAAGAUUAAAACUGAAGGUGGAGAACACGAUACGCUGGCGAAUCCGUCGAGACGAAGAAGGGAACGAAGUUCGUGAAAGCAAUGCACGGAUAGUCAAAUGGUCUGAUGGAAGCAUGUCUCUGCAUUUGGGGAAUGAAGUGUUUGACGUGUACAAAGCGCCGUUGCAAGGGGACCACAACCAUCUCUUCAUCAGACAGGGAACGGGUCUGCAAGGGCAAGCGGUGUUCAAAACGAAACUCACCUUUAGGCCUCACUCAACAGACAGUGCCACGCACAGGAAGAUGACUCUCUCCCUUGCGGACAGAUGUUCAAAGACACAAAAAAUACGUAUUUUGCCAAUGGCUGGCCGUGACCCGGAAUCCCAACGCACAGAAAUGAUAAAGAAAGAGGAGGAGAGGCUGCGAGCAUCCAUCCGCAGGGAGUCCCAGCAGCGGAGGAUGCGGGAGAAGCAGCACCAGCGGGGCUUGAGUGCCAGCUACUUGGAGCCAGACCGCUACGAUGAUGAGGAUGAAGGCGAGGAAGCCAUCAGCCUGGCAGCCAUCAAGAACAGAUACAAAGGUGGCAUCAGAGAGGAACGCGCUCGGAUCUAUUCUUCAGACAGCGAUGAAGGAUCUGAUGAAGAGAAAACACAGCGAUUACUGAAAGCAAAGAAACUCAACAGUGACGAGGAAGGGGAGCCUUCGGGGAAAAGGAAAGCAGAGGAUGAUGACAAGGCCAGCAAGAAGCAUAAGAAGUAUGUCAUCAGCGAUGAAGAAGACGAAGAUGAAGAGGCAUAAGGCCCAAUGGACUCUGAAACUUGAAAAUACUUUUUUAAAAAUCAUAAAGAGAGAGAAAGAUAGACUGUAUCUUCUGCAGACAAGAUGUAAGUAAAUCCCAUCAGGUUUAUUUUGUUUUCUAGGGGAGUGCUGAGGACAAAGGAAACAGUAAUGUCUGUCAUUUUAAGGUGAAUAAAACUCUUUGUUUGGACCUUC